UCGAUAUGACUCAGUUCGCUCUCGAACGACAUUUCGACAAGUACACGGAGUCUUCUCUUCUUCAAUAUCUUUUAUCCCAAGGGAUACUCCAGGGAAUACUAAAUCGGUCGAAAUUAAUCAAAUGGCAGCUUGAAAUGGCAACCAAAAAUAUCUGAUCACUUCUAGGGAGCGGAAACGCCAUUCUCAACUUUUUCAAGUGGUGGUAUCAGAAGGACGGCAUCCUAGAUUUAUUUCCAGAAAUGGUUUCUGUGAAAAUCAGCCUCCAGCUACUCGUGUCGGCAACUCAACUCGAGGUUCUCGACAUGGAAUGCAGCGGUUCACUCCUCGACAGUGAAAAGCUCAAUUCGAAUGAAAAACAAAUCAAGCGCCUGAAAAAGGUCAUUAGAGGUAAUUUGAGAACGCUGAAAACACUGGAAGCCCAAAGUAGAAGAGCAGGCCAAUCAACGGUCCCCUUCGCAUAUCGGACACAGCCCACCAGCUCUCUCUACGAGCUUUUAGUCCCCUUAGGAAGAAGUAUGGCGGAAACUGGUUGUGUCCCGAAGCCCAAGUCCGUCUCAGCAACGUCGUCAGAGUCAUCUACUAGGACCAAGGAGCCCUAUAAAUCGUCAUUAGCGGGAAUAUCCGUGCCAUCAGAUUCUUCAGCUCCUUCGCGUGGAGCAGAGUUCCAAAAGGAUGCAUCUUCUUACGAUCACGAGGCCCUGUACAAAGAAGAACGCCGCUCACAGUAUGAGAGACUUUCACGCAACCGGUCAUCGUCGGCUAAGACUACGCCGCCAUCGCCACCAGGCCCACCAGCUACUGUACGCAGUGUCAAUCAUGGAAGCGGUGCGAGUUCGAACAUGCGGGAAGCUAGAUCCGUUCUCGCAUUGCAACUUCAACGCCAGCAGUCUGAAACGCUGCCUAAGAGAGUAUUCGAAGUGAACACUGCGAAUUUCGAUAAGUUGCUUGCUCGCUCUCAGGUAUUAGAGAAUGGCCAACUCUCUGGCAAAACCGUGACUGGCAGGGUUAAUACCACUCUUGAAGUCAGCAUAAUCUCGAUCACCGAAGCCGGAAGACUUGAUCUGAACGUGAUCUCGUGCGAACAAGACAAGGAAACAGAAUUUAAAUUCGACCAAGGGAAAAAUCAGCCAUGUAUCGGCAUGGUGACUUUCACCAUCUAUCACAGCCGCAUCGCUUCUUCUCAAUCGCCGACCACAAGUCAUAAAGUCUACGUGGUAGAGCACUGCCGCCCAGAGCUAAUAUUUGGCAAAAACUUCUUUGAUAGAGAUGGAAACUCGAAGCAAUAGGGAGGGACAUGCGACACCCACACAAAUACCUUUGAGAAAGGUUUCUCUGUCUCUGUAUUUUCAUCGUUCCAUGUAAUAACAAGUAAUUGGUUUUCAGAUGUAUUGGCCUUAAGAUUGGCAGCCCUAGUAGCUAACUAUUUCACUAUUCGGUAUGAGUAUCAGACAAUCGGGACAAGGGU